UGAGCGCCGCCCAGGGGAAGACUGGGCGGGGUCAGCUCUUAAAGGAACCGCCGCCAGCCAGCAGACCCGAGGGUGACCAGGAUGAUGGCGGCCAGCGCGGCCCUAAUACUGGCCCUCUGGCUGCUACUGCCGCCGCCGGGGGUGGCAGGGGCAGGGCCCCCGCCGAUCCAGGACGGCGAGUUCACGUUCCUGUUGCCGGCGGGGAGGAAACAGUGUUUCUACCAGUCCGCGCCGGCCAACGCGAGCAUGGAGACUGAGUUCCAGGUGAUCGGAGGCGCAGGGCUGGACGUAGACUUCACCCUGGAGAGCCCCCAGGGCGUCCUGCUGGUCAGCGAUUCCCGCAAGGCAGACGGGGCGCACACGGUGGAGCCCACUGAGGCUGGAGACUACAAGCUGUGCUUUGACAAUUCCUUCAGCACCAUCUCCGAGAAGCUGGUGUUCUUCGAACUCAUCUUUGACAGCCUGCAGGAAGAUGAGGAAGUAGAGGGCUGGGCAGAGGUCCUGGAGCCCGAGGAGAUGCUGGAUGUGAAGAUGGAAGACAUCAAGGAGUCCAUCGAGACCAUGAGGACGCGGCUGGAGCGAAGCAUCCAGGUCCUGACACUGCUGCGUGCGUUCGAGGCGCGGGACCGGAACCUCCAAGAAGGGAACCUGGAGCGUGUCAACUUCUGGUCGGCGGUGAACGUGGCGGCCCUCCUGCUCGUGGCGGCGCUGCAGGUGUGCACCCUCAAGCGCUUCUUCAAGGAUCAGCGGCCGAUGCCCACGUAGCCAGCCACCACAGGCCCAGAUAGGAGGCUGGGUCAUAGCCGUGGGGGUCCCCCGGGAGAGAUUCCCCCUUGCCAAAGGCAGAAAGCACUGCCCCCUUUGUUGCCAAGUUGGGGGGGGGCGCGGUGGCGUUCUGCGACAGCCCCUGCGUUUUCUGGAAGCUUCUAGAAUUGUGCCUUAGCCGAGUCUUCCAGCCUGUUCUGGAGCGAAGCCACAAUUGCCACCCCCUGCACCUGGCUCAGCCUCUGGGGGAGGGGGGUGGCUCCUGCCAGGUUGUCACUUAAUUCGGCAGCGAGGGGCUCCAGGGCCCUUGGCCCAGCCAGCACGCACGCACGGGGUGGCUGGGAGUGAGAACGGGUACGGAGAACCCCUUGUUUGGCCCAUCUCGCAGGCAGGGAGACACCCCCCCCCCACCACGGGCUGAGGGGUGGCCUCCUUAGUCCCCCCCUAGCUUGCCUGGGAACCUUCCAGAACGGAGGGUGGUGACCAUGUGGCCUCGGGCACCCUGAUUCAAUAAAUCUUGGUUGGAAAGAC